UCUCAAAUACUCAAGCUUGUUAUUUGUGUACAUAAUUACCCGUCGUAACGCAAUGUCUUUUUGUAAUAUUGAAUGUUAUAUUUUAACAAACGAUUUUUGAUGGAGACAAAAUUGCUUCCGAGAAGGAAACUGAUACAUUUUGGUUUUCACGGAAUACUUGACAAAAUGGGUUGAAGCCGAGGCAAUUGUUGACAAGACGGCACACAGUGUCAUCCGUGUGUUAGUAAAGUUUGUAUCGAGCCACGGUUGUCCUGAAGUUCUUAUCACAGAUCAAGGAAGAGAGUUUUGUAAUGAUCUGAACGACAGGUUUUGUCAAAAGAUGGGAACUGACCACCGCAUUGCCUCGCCCUAUCACCCACAGACAGGAGGACAAACUGAAAGAUACAACAGAACACUGUGUAGCAUGUGAGGAUGUUACGUCAAUGAACAUCAAAAUGACUGGAACGAAAAAUUGCCAUAUAUGCUGUUUGCAUACAGAACGGCGGAGCACGAGUCAACGAAGACGACCCCAUUUUUUUUUGUUUAUGGGAGAUCAGCUCGGCUACCUAUUGAACUAGAUAUACCUAGUGGGCCAGACACUGAAUCGGCCGAUUUAGCACUGUGAAAUAGAUGCAAGGCAUUCGUUCAGCUUUCGUUGUAUAGAGAAGAAGCCAAAGACAACAUUAAGAUUGCGCAGAGAAAGCAAAAACGGUAUUAUGACGCAAAAGUGAAACGUGUAAAUUUCAAAGUUGAUGACAAAGUUUUAAUGCAUAACACAAGGAAAACCACUAGGAAAGGCGGUAAACUUGGCGCACGCUGGACUGGUCCAUAGAUAAUUAAGUCUGUGAACAACAAAUGAACUUAUAAUUUGCAAGGUGUCAAAACGGCAAUUGACGGUAAUAGGCUAAAACUGUUCACGACAAGGCACACCGAAGGAAACGAAGUUGUAAAUAACACCGACAAAAGUCAUGCUAUAAAAGAAAAUGGUAAAGAACUUCCAUUUAAGAAGAGGAAAUUAAAAGUAUAUGAGGAUGAGUUCAGUCAACAGAGGUCAGAGGUUGAGGUUCGAGACCAAACUGAAGAACCAGGAAGCACCAGUAUUCGGUUCCAUCCAGUUGACAAGGAAUGGCAAGCCACAAUAUCAAACUUAUUUGGUUUAAAAGUAAGAAACGGACACGCGGAGAUGAUGACCAGGCACUCCAACCUGGGGAUUAACGGCGGGACAGUAGCGAGUGAUUAAUAACCACUAUAUAUGCCAAUGCCAUCCAGACCUAACCACGAUAACCAUAUUAUUCUACUGUAAAUAUGUUCAUGUUCUGAAGCUCGUGAUUGACAACUGGCAUACACCACCCGCUAACGACACAUUAGUUGUUUGUUUGUUUGUUUGUUUGUUUUUUGUUUUUGUUUUUUUGUUUGUUUUUUUUCUCCACUAAGACAGGAUCGAAAUCACAGCAACCCAAUUAGCCAAUCAACAUCGUUAGGCAAUCAACCAAGAUAGGAUAUCGCUAAUUACACUCUCAACUUGACCAGCGAUGAAGUUGGACAUUAAAACGCUGUGUAUGUACAUGCAUUUAAUAUCACUGUAUUUCAUUAGGAAGCUGCAAUAUUUGUGUUGAAAAGCCAAGGCAAAACAGGCUAAAAAAUAUGCAACCAUGAAAAGAAUGAUCAGUUUAACUGAUUCCAGGAUAAAAGCAAAGGAUCGAGAAAAACCAAGAAAGAAAAAGAAGAGAAAGGCCAAUCCUCAAAACCUGACUAUUAGAGAAAUACCUCAGAGGUCAUCUGCAUUGUUCUUUAACUACAACACACAGCUGGGUCCCCCGUAUCAUGUGCUGGUGGACACCAACUUCAUCAACUUUUCCAUUAAGAACAAACUGGAUAUUAUUACAUCAAUGAUGGACUGCUUAUAUGCCAAGAGUAUACCAUACAUAACUGACUGUGUAAUGGCAGAAAUCGAAAAGCUUGGAAGUAAAUACAGAGUUGCUCUUCGAAUUGCCAAAGACCCACGAUUUGUACGCUUGCCAUGUUUGCAUAAAGGAACAUAUGCCGAUGACUGUUUGGUCCAACGAAUCACACAACACAAAUGUUACAUUGUUGCUACUUGUGACAAAGAUCUCAGACGGAGAAUACGGAAGGUACCUGGAGUGCCAAUUAUGUACCUGUCCAAGGGGAAAUACUCUAUUGAAAGGAUGCCUGAUGCAUUUGGAGCUCCCAAAACAUGAUAGCUGUGCAAACUCACUUUUUAAAAGAAAAUUUAUUGUAGAUGAAUAUUUUGUUACAAAAAUACCUUUCCACUUGUUCCGAAAUUUAUGUAUAAGAGUUCAAAUUUGAAACAGGAAGUAAAUGAUAUAAUGAACGUUGAUGUAUUUUGCAGAUGUCAAAACAUGGCAAAACGUAACUAAUAAAUAACACUGAAUGCCAAAUAACA